CUAUCGUAUGACGCCAGCUGGUUGAGUAGUUUGCAAGAAGCAGCAGUAGGUACCUACCUCAGUCAUUCACAUUUUCCAGUAUUGGAUAGUUUCCCACGGCUGGGAGGCAGCACGUGUUGCUGCUGCUGAUAGUAUUUUCGGCACGAGAAUUGAAGUGGUUUGGGAAUAAUAAUCUCAGCAGAUCGUUCCCCAUCAGGAUGCUGCGAUCGAUAACAACAUAUAAAAAAAAACAUCGCAUCUUCGUCAUUAGAAGAGCGCACGAUGAAAGCAUUCGCAUACGCGCCCAACGAACAAACCCGCGCAGUCGCAAAAUUUUGCCAUCAACAGCAGCAGUGUUAUUUCUACAGCUAUAACGGUGACGACGACCACGACCACAACGCUGCGUGUACUCAAGGGUCAAGAAGCAAACCAGUCAAUCAGAAGUCGUUAACAUGAUCGUGCCAGAGACCUUGCCGCUGCUGACGUUGAUAAUGAUGCUGCUGUUAGUUAGUGUUGAUUCAAGGGUGCUGAAUAAAGAUUCGUUGGAACGUAUUAGCUGUGACAUACCCGGACAGUUGAAGGCGGGACAUUGCACGGCAGACAGGAAAUGUGUGGCCUAUCAGAAGAUUGUGAAUGACAGUGCGUUGAAUUUGAUCGAGCGGGAAGAUUUCAUCCAGCGGUUGCAGUGCGGAAGGUACGAUGGAUCGGAGGUUUGCUGUCCGGACAGCGAUCGAUACCAGUUGGGAGACUACGAAGAUGCUGCGGUGUGUGGUCAAGCGGCGUACAGCUUCCGUAUUCGUGGUGGUACAAUAGCUGAUAUCGAUGAGUUUCCUUGGAUGGCAAUGCUGUUGAAGCAACAGAGAAAAACGAGAUCCCUGUAUUAUCAUUGUGGAGGCGUUCUCAUUGGUAGGAGAUUUGUUCUGACGGCAGCUCAUUGCAUUGUGCAGAAGACCGGUGAAUCAAAACAGGAUCAACUAAAAUACGUCCGUCUGCGGGAGUACGACGUCUACCAGGACCCGGAUUGCAUGGUCCAGGGUGGGUUCAUGGAUUGCUCCGAGGAAAAGCUGGACAUGAAACCUCGCAAGCUGAUGGCCCAUCCCGAGUACAAAUACGGUUCAUCCUCCCGAAACCACGACAUUGGCAUCAUACAGAUCGAUCCUGUUCCGGCUUAUUCCGACUUUCUGCUUCCGAUCUGUCUUCCGGUGGAAGGAUCUGAUCACGGUGAUCGGCGAGGUAGACUGUAUAACGUUGCCGGCUGGGGAAAAACUGAUUUCUUUUCCGACAUGGGAUCGAUUAGUUGGAGUCCAGUCAAGAUGAAGGUAGGGCUACCGUUUGUCGGCUGGGAGGUUUGCAAGGACGUGUACAAAUUGAUGAACGUAGAACUACAGCGUACGCAGAUUUGUGCCGGUGGUCGGAAGGCGAUGGAUGCCUGCGCGGGGGACAGCGGGUCACCCUUGAUGCAUUUCGAUAGGAACAAAGCGGUAUGGGUGCUGAAGGGGAUUGCCAGCUUUGGAGUGAAAGACUGCGGUAAGGAGGGUGUUCCGGGGGUGUACACGAGUGUGAAGGAGCAUCUAACGUGGAUUAAAGACGUUACGAGCCAUGCUUAGCAACAAA